AUGGUAAAAAGUGAACGAAGAAAAAAUGUUAAACAUCGUUCAGGUUCCACUUCCAAUUCUGAUCAGAAUCUUCCAAGAUCAUUAUCAAUUAUCAGUUGUCACAAGGCGAUUAUAUCUCUUGGAGAACAAAUUAAGUUACCAACAGAACUAUACAGUGUAUUUCAAGUGAAACCUACAGAGUUCUCUUUGAUAUCUGAUAAAACGAAUCUCGAGACUAUUGAUGAUAUUAGCCAUCUAGUACAAAUAUGUAAUGUUGAUCCAAGUUUGAUUGGAAGUAACUGUAAUUACUACUUUCAAGUUAUGUCUCCAUCCCGAAGAAUGAUCAAUGAUUCAACUAUAUGCCUUGAUAGUUCACAAAAGAAAACUGAUCAUGUCCAAUGUUCCUGUCGAGAGAAUAACAAUGAUUUCUCACCGAUGAACACACCAAACCUUCUUCGAACUGUUAGUCAUUCUCAGGGUAACGUAGGAGAAACUGUUAAUAUUCCCUUUGUAAUUCAUAAUUAUUCAUGUCAAUCAGCUUUGGAAAGAGAUCGAUGGGUACAAUUUUUAAAGCGGCUGAUCAAUCCAUCUCAAGAUGCUCAACGUCGUAAAGAGAAUUGUUUGAAUGUAUGGAUUCAAGAAGCAAAAGGAUUAACCAUAAAAAAUAGAUAUUAUUGUACAAUUUUGGUAAAUGGUACAAUCUGUGCACGUACAACAAUCAAACAAAUGACAGAUAUGUUGUUCUGGGGUGAAGAGUUUGAUUUAAGCGGUCUCACAAAUUGCUCAGAUCUAACAAUUGAGAUAUGGAAAGUAUGUGAUACGAAAGCUAGUUCUCCAUCUCAUCGUCAUCGAACUGCUUCUCCAUAUCGAUUAACAACAUCGAAUCUUCGUCAACAGACAAAUACAAGUCCUCCAAUGCGUAAGGUAAUGAUGACUUGUACAAAAGCUGCAGAUGAUGGACAAGUUUCACCACCUGACUUUACAGCUUUGCGUAAUUCUGUCAUUUUGGAUGAUUUAUCAACUACAUGUACCAAUAAUGAUGAAGUGUCUUCAAGACAAAAACGUCGUAAAUUCAAGUCAUCAAAAAUGGCUAAUCCAACUCUUAUAGCAACAGUCCAUAUCUCUUUAUCGGAUAUAUCUAAUUGUGGUGAAGUGGAAAAUUGGUAUCCUUCACAUAUCAAUAAUUCAAUUUUAUCAUCUAAUCAAUUUAAACAAUUCGAUCAUAAAAUUUCUAAUGAAUCUAACCAUAUAAAUAAAAUUAAAUCGAAAGGACGACGUUCGAAUCAUCAUGAGAUUCAUUUCAAUUUAAUACAAAUUCGUGUAAAAAUUCGUUAUCGUACUUUAACUGUACUACCAUUAACAAGUUAUACUCGUUUAGAAUAUAAUUUAUGCCAAUUUCAAUUACCUAAAUUCAUAUCAUUUUCAAAUGAUAUUAAUAAAUUUGAUCUGAUUCAAUUAUUAUCUAGUUUAGAUCCAUGGUUAAAUGUAAAAGCUAAAGCUGAAUUAGCCGGGGCUAUAGUUGUUUUACAACAAGCUCAUGGACAAGUAAUUGAAUUUUUAGCUAGUCUUAUUUUAUAUGAAGUUCAAAAACAAAGUGAUCCAAAUAUGGUUUUACGUGCUAAUAGUAUAGCAACUAAAGCAACAGAAAUUUAUCUACGUCUUGUUGGUGGUUCAUAUUUAUCAAAUAUUUUAUCAGAUUUUAUACAAAUUGUUAUUAGUGGUCAUCCUGUUGAUCCACAAUUAAAAACAUCUAAUCGUUAUCCAAUUGAUUAUGAAGUUGAUAUAUCUAAAGUACAAACAUCUACACAAUUAGCACAAAAUCAAGUGAAUUUAUUAAGUUUAGUUGAAACUGUAUGGAAAAGAAUUUUAUUAAGUGAUGUUGAAUUUCCAGAGCAAUUUAGAGCAUUAUUUGUAGAGAUUAGACGUUAUUUAGAAAAUGAUUUAAAAAGUAAUUAUUCUUCAAUGAAUAAUCUAUCGAAUAAACAAUAUGAUGGAAUAAAUUCAAAUUCUUCUUAUUCUACAAUUAAUGGUGGUACAUUAUGUGAACAUGUUAUAUCAGCAUGUUUAUUUUUACGUUAUAUUUGUCCAGCUAUAUUAUCACCAUCAUUAUUUAAUUUAAUUUAUGAAUUCCCUAGUGAACCACGUAUAUUACGUGCAUUCACUUUGGUUGCUAAAACCAUUCAAACAUUAGCAAAUUUCAGUUUAUUUAGUGGUUCUAAAGAAACUUAUAUGAAAUUUAUGAAUCAAUUUGUAACUGAUCAACUUCCAUCAAUGAGACAAUUUCUACAAUCCAUUUCAAUUCCAAAUUCCAAAUCAAUUUCAUCACAUAAAUCAUUAUUAAUUAAUGAUACAAUAUUAAAACCGAUCAAUUCUUUAUCAAAUAUUUAUAAUCAAUAUCAUAGUAAUUUAAAUUCUAUAAAUAGUAAUAUGAAUAAUAGUUCUAUGCCAAAUUCUUUACAUAGAAUUGAUUCUGAUGAAAAUUGUGUAAAAUCGAUUAUGUCAAAUAAAGUUAAAAUAAAGAAUGAUUCUUCGAAAGAGAAUCAUCAUUAUAAUAUGAAUAAUAGUCAAUCACAUCAUGAUGGAUUUAUCAAUAAUAUGGAUAAUUAUAAAAAGGAUCAAAAUUAUACUCAAUAUUCACCUAUUGUUUUGACAAAUUCAGAGAUGACAAAUAAAUCAAAUGAUUUCAAAUCCAGUGUAAAUGGGAGUUCUAUGUCUCAGAAUUGUCAAUCUACAACAUCAAUAUGUAACUCAAUAUGUUUACCUCCUCUACCAACAAAUCAACAUGGUCAUUUAGGCUUAAGAGAUCAUGUUGAUUUACCUUUGUGUUUAGCUUUAUGUCAUCUUCAAUUAUCUGAAGCAAUUGCAAAAGUUCCUGAAGAUAAAAGAAUGCCUCAUGUUAAAGAAUUGAAAUUAAUCCUAGAUGAAAUAGAUACAUUUCUUGUAUCUGGUAAAGAUCCUCAACCAAAUUGGUGGCAUCAUAAUGAUAAUAAUAAUAAUAAUAAUAGUAGUAAUAAUAAUAAUACUAAUAAUCAUAGUAAUAAUAAAACAACAAUAUCAAUAAAGAAUAACACACCAACAAGAAAAACAAUCAAUGAUGAAAAUGUAAACAAUGAACCGAAAAGUAAUUCAAAAUCACUUUGUUUCCAGUCUCAUAGAAACAGAUCUAUAAAUAAUGAUGCUAAUAUCUAUGAAUGUACAAAUAAUGAAUCCAAGUCAAUCAUAAUGAAUACAUCAUCAUCCGUCAGUAAAAGUAUAAAUCUAUCCGAUGAUAAUGAUGAUGAUGAUGGUGUAACAAUCUCUGCAUUAAAUUCAUCAGUUACUAGUUUUAUAUCACCUAAACAAAUUGUUUUUCCUGAAAAAAACGAUUCUCAUCAUGAUGAUAAAGAGAAACAAAUUAAAAUUAUACCUGAUUCAAAUGUCAAGUUGGUUGUAUCAAAAGGUAAGCAUAAUAAUUCAUAUAUUCAAGAACAUAUAACACGAUCUAACUCCAUAGAGAUUAUUAAAAUUCCACCUACAAACAAUGAUAAUAACUUGAUAGAUAAAAAUCAUGAAGAGAUCUAUGAUAUAUUGAAUCCUACUAAUACUCAUAUAGUUUUACCAAUUGUUUCGAAUACAUCUAAAAAAGUUACAGAAUCCAAUUAUGAUUUCUCAUCAAUAACACAACGUGAUAAUCGAAGAAGAGUUCAAGGUACAAGAAAAACACAAGAACCUAUUAUUAUUCAUCAGAAUAUUGUCGAUAUUGACAAUAAUCUAUACGUUAAUAAUACAUUACAAAAGUCAUCAGUAAUAGAUCAUCAUCAUCAUCAUCAACAACAACAACAACAACUAUCCAAUCAUAGUGAAUCAAUUGAUCUAUGUAACAAUAUAAUUAAUCCAGAACAUGUUGAACCUUCCGAGUUUAAUCCAAUUUAUUUAGGGAAUUCUACAUCCUCUGGUUAUCAUACUAUUUCAAGUCAUGAGAAUAUUGUAAAAUAUCCAAUUAUAGAACAAAAAUCAACUAAAGUUGAUCCAAUUCUUAUCUCUACAUCAGAUAAUGAUAUCAUUAUGACAUCAUUGUCUACUACUAAUACUACUACUGAUAUCAGUAGUAUAAAUAAUCCUAUAUACACUUGUCAUUCAUUAAAACAAACUAGUUCCAUUAAUUCCAAUGAUUUUCAUAAUCCAAUGACAAUUACUAAUGAUACAAAUCAUUCAUUAGAUAUAUAUAAUCCACAAUUAAAGACAAUUUCACAAAAUUCUAUAAGACAACAUACAUAUGUAAAUUUAUCAAAUGAUAUUCAUCAAACCAAUCAACUAAUUGAUACAUUCAAAGAUAAUCAUUUUAAUAAUAAAAUAAAUAAUCUUGAAUUAGAUAAACGUAAUUGGGCACCACCUAUGUAUAUAUCAAAUGAACAAAAAAAUAGACGUAACACAUUUACAUAUUCAACAUCACCAAUAGAAUCAAUAAAUUAUAUGACAAAUCCAAAUACUCUUCAUCAUUAUUAUAAUGAUGAUCAAGAAAAUGUUAAUUUUACAGAUCCAUUUAAAUGUUCAUCAUUAUUUGAACAAGAUGAAUUAUGUCAACAGUCUACAUUACAAACAGAAAUACAAAAAAUUAAAUGUAUAUCAUCAAAUAAUUCUCAUACUAUUGGUGUCAUUCCUAAUAAAAGAACUGCAUUAAUUUCAUCCACAUCACCAUUAUCAUCAGAAGAUAAUAAGAAUAAGAAUAAGAAUACACCAACAACAAUCAUAGAUCUUCAAAAUGAAUUAGAUGCAUCUCAAACACGUUUAGCUAAUGCUCAAGCACGUCUAUUAGCUAAUGAAAUUGAACGUAUGGAAAUAUUAAAAUUAUGGCAAAAUGAAUUAAUUAAACAAUCACAAUUAAUUAAUGCAAGUAAAUCAAUUUGUAAUAAUUCAUUAAUUUCAAAAUUCUCAUCUCAAUUACAAUUAACCAAUAUAGAAAAUCAUUUACAUUUUAAUCCUAAUGGAAAUGAUCAUGAUGAUGAUCAUGAUCAUGAUGAUCAUGGACCUAGAUCAAUAUCAGUAAUACCAUUAUUAAAUUUAAAUGGAUUUACAUUACAAAAUUAUUCUGAUAGUAUUUAUGAUUAUGAUGAUAGUGAAUUAAUGAAUAAUACUGAUACAAAUAUACAAUUACAUAAUAAUAAUAAUAAUAAUAAUAAUAAUAAUAAUAAUAAUAAUAAUAAUAAUAAUGGGAUGAAUCGAAAUUUUGGCUUACAUACAUCAUCUCCUAAUUCAUAUAUAAAAUCAUUGAGAUCACAUACCAAUCAACCUCGUAUGGGAGCAUCUGCAGUUGUUACAAAUUUACACGAUUAUCAUGGGGCACCACCAAUCAGUGAUUAUCUUCAAUCGACAAUACCACGAAGUAGAAUAGUAACUAAUCGAGGUUAUCAAUUACACAAUACUACUACAACUAUUACAUCACCAACAAACACGGAAUUAGAUGAAUUCUGUCGAAUAUCACGUAGUCCUUCUACACCAGGUUUAUCUAACUCAAACUCAAAUUUCACACAUACUCUCCGUGUAGAUCCUACUGGUAGUAUAAACAAAGAGUUGAAUUCAGUAGAUAAUUCAACUGAUCCUGUUACGAAUGAUGAAGAAUUUGCUAAACAAAUUCAAGCUAUUGUACAUGAGAAUAAUCAACAUUUAUAUUCAUCAUAAUUAAAUUCAUAAUUGUAAUGAAGCAUCUUAUUCAAUACUGUUAUGACUACUAAAUAUACUAUUUGAUAUGUAAUUACUAAUUCAUUUGUCACGGAAACAAUUAUUGCUCACAUAUCAAAUCUUCUACCCCUCCCUCUCCCCCCCCUCUUUUACAAUA